CCUGUAGCUGUGACCUCGUUUUUCAGUCCGUUUAUCACUUUUGCAAACAAGGAUUAUUAGUAUUAUAUGUAUAUAUUUCAUUUACAUUUGAUUAUAACUAAACUAUAGGUAAUCUCAAUGCAAACACGUUUCACGGAAAGUGCAAAAAGACAGAUUUCAAUUURAUAUCAUUUAUAUCAACUAGGUGGCGAUACCAAUCCUUUGUGUUUUUGAAUAGCAAAAAUAAAAUCCAACGAAGAAGAAACCGACCAAUCACGAUGCAGCACUAGCAGCUCAGAGGAGUUGUUUGUAAAUUAUAAACAAGCUAGCUAGCUGUAGCUUUUCUGCAACCUGAGAUAAACUUUAGCUUCAGUGCUGACGGUUAACCAAACAAGUCUUUAUUUUGUAAAACAAUAAAAUAACGUUUUGACAACAUUCUUCUUUUUGUUGAACAGACUUUUAAAUACACCAAUAAGUCCUGGGGUGACUGGCGUGAUUACCGAGAUGGAGGUGUCCGUCAAAGGAAGGGCCAAAAGGAAGCACCUAAACGCACAGGAUUGCUACGAACUGGGACAAAAUGCAAAUGCUCUUACCAAACCCCACACGUCCAACCAGGGAUGGAGCAGCUCCAASCGAGGGCGUUACCACAGGAGCCCCGGGAAGCGACAUAAAUCUGCAGCAGCUUCUGCCACAGGAAGUCCCUCUGGUAAACAAAAGGCCAUCGUCGACUACUUCUCUUUGACAAAAGUCAUCAGUUCCAGUCCAAAMAAAUCUUCUCAGCCCUCCACAUCCACACAUUCUGCAGGAUCGACGUUUGUGGAAGAAGAAGAAGAUGAGGAUGGCGAUGUUAGCCUGCUGGCCUCCCAAUGUGAGCUUGUGGCAGAGGAGGAAGAUGAGAUCGAUGAUGAGAGUCUGUUAUCGGCCGAAACGCAGUCGAAGUUUGAGGCCGACAGGUGCGUCUUCGGAGAUGCAGUCCAGUCUGGUGCUGGCGUGGGACCUGAGCUAAAAGAGGAAGACUAUUUGGAGGGACUGACGGCCGAGAUGUUMGGGGAUGAUGAGGAAUUCGACACACGCUGUAACCAGGAUGAGGAGGAAGAGGUUGAGCCUCUCCCCGACGCUCACUUUGGACUCCUGGGGGACAGCAGGGUCCUGCUCCAACCGCAGAGCGGCAUGGACGACCUUCCAGACGAGGUCCUGAGACAAAUACUUGUUCUUCUUCCUGCARCGGACCUUUACUGCAGUGCUGGCCUCGUUUGCCACCGUUGGAGGAACAUCAUCCAGGAACCCACGUUUGUGCCUUUUAAGAAGCAAUAUUAUCGCUACAUGAUGAGGGAAAAAGGAGCAAUUAUGGAGGUCGCYGCCUUACUGAGGUCCAGCAAAAUCAAAAAUUGUUCACCUAGAGAGCACAGCUUACGAAACCUCGUGGUUUUGAUGGCUCAGCAUAAAAUCGGGGAGCGUGUGCGGCCGGAGAGUGUUCUGGAGUGCGUGAAGAAGCAUCGCCUCUUUCCUCAGGCYGAAGCCUCUGUCCGAUUAAAUAUUCCUAAGAUUCAGGAGAUUCACCUUGGCAUCGAGGGCCCAAACCCGUAUGCAGCCAUGGCGGUGAUAUUGCUGCUCAGCGAGAGUGUCGGCGAUGUGCAGGACUUGGUGUCUCUGCUCGCAGGCUGCAUGUCUCUAACAGCCAUCACAGAGUACCUCAGCCACAUGGCCACAAUGUUACUCGCUAUAGAGAGGUCCGAAAUUCACAUCAGCAACAGGUUACAUUAUAACAUCUACUACGUGCUUUACCUGCUGGAGAAUGGACCCUUUUCUGUCUCUUCUCAGAUCGGGAGCCCCGAGAUCCAGCUCACACGAGAGCAGCAGCAGAUCCUGAGCCACGAUAUCCAGCCCGACCACCUGGUCAAGAUUAUAGCCAUCAUGGAUGUGCUGCUGUCCCAGAGUUGUGGGAAAAUCCUGGUCGGAGACCCUCACCAGCAGAUCUACACCUUCAAAGGAGCUGUCAAUGCUUUAAGAACUGACAACCACACUCACGUUUUCUACCUGACACAGAGCUUUCGAUUUGGCGCGGAAAUCGCUUAUGUGGGCGCCACCAUCCUCAGGGUUUGCAAGGGAGUUGAGAAGAUUCUUGUUGGAGGAAAACAGAAGGGUGGUGUGUGUGAUGAGAUGGCCAACAAAGCUCUGGAGGCGAUGAGGACGGGAGUGAGUCAAACCCCAGGGAAGAUCGGCAUCCUUUCCAGAUGCAACCUCGGCGUCUUCAAAGCGGCGGUCCAGCUCACAGACACUAACCUGAAGUGCAGCAUCCACUUCAUCGGAGUGAGUGUGUUCCUUCAUUCUCCUAUUGGAAAAGCCUUCAUACCCCAAACACACAUUUUGUACUAUUCCUACCACAGAGGYGUCAAUAACAUUGGGCUUGAUAAGAUCAUGGACAUCUACAGCCUGAUGACUUCAAAUGGAAAAGAUGUCAGUUCGCAAAUCUGCCCCGCAGAAAUCAAAGAUCCCCUCGUUCGGUCGUUUUUGAAGAGUGAAGACAGCCCCUUCGAAGCCUUUCGUAAAUACGUCGAUCAAACCGAAGACAAGGAGCUGCAGGGUAAACUGGACAUCGUGAUGACAUUCCGCACUCGCAUCCCUGAACUGGUGACACGACUCAAGAGUUUCUCUGAAACCAACUUUGACAAAGCAGACUUUAUAGUUGGGACGGUCCACAAGGCUAAAGGUCUGGAGUUUGACACCGUGAUCAUCAGUGACGACUUUGUCACCAUCCCCUCCUCAGGACACAACCUCCGCUUUCAUGACUUCACAUUUUCUAAAAUUCCAGCUGAUGAGUGGAACCUACUGUACGUGGCGGUGACUCGGGCCAGAACCACCUUGGUCGCCACUAAAAAUAUCUUACGGAUUCUCUCUGUGGCUAAGGAGUACUUCCUCAAGUCUCAGAUGCCCAUUACCCCAGAGGGCGUCGGUGAUCCUGUCCCGUGCUCCGUCCCAAACUGUCCAAACUGCCUCACCCCGGGCUCGGCUUUCAUCAUGUCCAAAGAAAGCAAACAAUGUACUGAUAAAAAGACUGAAUGCGGCCCACUGUGUGAGAGGUGUGUGUGGAUUCGCAGCGGGCCCUUGGCCUACCUCAUCACAGACGACGUCACCUCAAUGGCUGAAAUCCCAGAACAGUUCAGGCCGCCCAUUCAUCACCCGUUUUUCAUGGCACUGUUUUUCUAACCGUGCCGCUCAUCGAGGAGCAGAAAUAGAAACAGUUCUGUGGCGAACUUAGUCACCUAAAGCACAGAACCUGAGAAACACAGAGUUUUUUUUUUUUACCAGUUUUGUUAGAUUUUUGCAAAGUAUCUUUUAUAUUUGUGUUCCUUUUUUCCUAUCUGAACUUGAAAAAGAGAAUUUAUGUUCCAAGCAGGAAAAAAAUCAGCCUCUGUUCUUAAUUGCUUUUAGCAGCUCCUUGCUUUGAACUCCGUUUAGAUUUUUAAAAAUUGUGUCAUUCUUUAAUAAACGAGUGUUUGCUUGCAACACCA